AUGCAGCCUUCACCAAUUCAUUUCUCAAAGCAGUGAGAGACGUGCUUUGCUUCUAUUGUGAUCAAACCACACGAGGAGAAGAACUACAGGAACAUAAAGCAGCCGAAACACUGGAAACUUAAAGCAAGAACAUAAUUUCUCACUAUAACCGUGAAGAGCUUUGAAUCCAGGAACUCACUGACCGCAACUUGGUAUCAGACAGUUCACACGUGGGAUAUCAAAUACUUCCACUAUGGAACCGUCCAGAUCAGAAAUGAGUAUCCUGCCCAAUGGGAAAGGUCAGGACCUGGGAGAGGAAAUGUGCGUGUCGAUGAAGACUAUGAUGGAGGAAGAACAAAACGGUACCCAUCAUGGCAGGUUUGAUGAUCCUGACAGCACACUUGCUGAGAACAUUGAGUUCCUGCCCAACAGUGAGGGCAAGAAGCCACGUUUCACUGAUUUUGAGGGGAAGACCUCUUUUGGCAUGUCAGUCUUCAAUUUGGGCAAUGCCAUUAUGGGCAGUGGGAUUUUGGGAUUGGCCUACGCUAUGGCCAAUACUGGCAUACUGCUUUUCCUGUUUCUCCUCACGGCUGUAGCUGGUCUC